AUGUACCCAUUCAAUCGAACAACAUCGAUUCAUGCUGAAACUGCGAUCGCCGACGCUGACGAUGAGGAUGAAGAAGGCCAUCGCGGACAAGUCGCCACUUCCAAAAUUGUUGAUAAUAUUGAUAUAAUAAGGAUGCACGACGAUUGGGAUGAUUCGAUUCAGUUGCCGAAAUCGCCGGUGGAAAAAACGAUAUUGGCGUCGAUAUUGGAAUUGUCGACGAUCAAUGAUCGAUGGGUUCGGACGCUGUCGGCGAAACGCCGAGAACGAAGUGGAUCGUACUUUGAAUGCUCGUGGAGAAACUCCUUAUAUCUGAAGAAGAAGAGAAAGGGCGAUGCUCACUCGUGGUUGACGAUGGUCGUCCGUCAGCUUGUGCGAUCUCUCGUAGUUUCUUCGGAAUUGAUUGACAGCACAUUUGACUGCACCAUCGUCAAGGAUGGGUGGGCGACUCGUACUUUUCAGAUCGUCGUUGCGGAUGAGAGCGAACCAGCGAUGAGCUGCGGUGUUGUUAGCAUUCCAAUGCAUCGUUGA